GCGAUGUUUCAUUAUAUCUAAACCUCGUGUUUUAGAUAACAUUGUGUUCUGCUACACCAUCCUGAAAUAUUGAUCUCUUCGCUAUCGCUAGUUGUUGUGUUCAUUGAAGUUCAGUGACAUCCUCUACUUAGCAUGUGUCCACCCACUGAAGCAAGCUGACUAUAUGCACAAGGUGAGAAUAUGGCGAUGUGGUCAAGUCUCGUGGCUCACCAAGGACGGGAAGCACGCUCAACGAAGCGCAAGGCUUCCAUACUGGUACGGAACGGCAAAUGGCACGAUUCUCUACAGUGGGGUACUGAGGCACGUCGUGAGAAUUUAGUCUCCUCUUGGCCCUGAUUCGACAACAUAAGCGACGAUCAUGGCGCAGCGAAAAGAACAGCAAUGGGUGGGGUUGAUGAUGUUGACUCCAACAUCACAUUGCCCAUCUCUGCACUCUUAAAGAAAACAGCAUAAUGCCCAAGGUCUCUCCAUGGAAGCAACGAAGCGAUGGCCUCUGGAGCCGGCCGCUCAUCGGACCCGAGCGCAUGUUCGACCAGUGGCUCGAGAUCGAUGGUUGGACUGAAUGGAUGGGCGCUGUCAUCUUCACAAUUGCUCCGUCUUACACGUCCCAUCUGAAAAGCAAAACCAAUGUUGAAGCUUGGUUCAGCAAAGCGGUAUCGCGUGUUUGCCUUGAGAAGCCUUCCCUCCUGGCAGUCAUUGAGCGUGGCCAAGAAGAGUCGGCGGUCGCCAAGUCUCGAGACUUCGUUUACCAUCCUCUCACUUCAGACAGCGACUUCUCCGAGAGGAUCAAGCAGAGGACUACCGUUCUGCAUACCGAAAAAUCAGCUCAAGAGGGCAUGAAGUUGCUCACUGACGACUUCUACUCGGCUCCGGAGAAACGCAUCAGCCUAGAGCUCGGAGACCAUCUGAUCCAUGUAUCCCUCGUUUUUUCGUCCGCUGAGGCGGGGAAUUUUGCCCUUGCAAUCCGCUACAAUCAUGCAUUGAACGAUUUCUGGAGUGGUGCGGCUAUUCUCAACAAACUUCUUAGCAAACUUGCAGACGGCCUGAGUACCACCCAAGUGCUAUCGCUUUCAUACAAAAAUGCAUCUCACUCUUCUCUACACCCUUGCUAUCUCGACUUUCUCCGUGAUCCUAUUGGAGACACUCCGUUGGAUGCCGAGUCUCAACAAAAGACAGCGCAGCUUCUUGGUGCCAAUCUCAGCAAUAUCACGCUCUGCCCUAUCUCGCAAGAGCCGGCAAAAGACCGACCUGACACCGAUUAUUCUGUGAGAAGGCAGGUUCUGUCGCAAGGGACCACGCAAAAGGUCUUUAAGCUCUGCAAGGAGUAUGGGGUUACUGUGACGGCACUAUUGACGGCAUUACAAGCGCUUGCACUCCUCAAAACCUUUCCUCCGGAAGAUGUGUCACGAACCACGGCGGCACCUAUCUGUGUGAGCAACAGGCUGCGGCAGACAUCUUUCGGUGGCAAUCAGGAUCGUUCAGCUUCUUCGAAGACAGCAUUGAGCGAGAUACGUCAAGAGGCAGCCUACAUCGGGCCCGUCAUGGCGACUACUUUCCUUGUGUCUCCCUUUGACGUGAGUCCAUAUCUCAAGAACCAGGACGCGUCUAUCGGGGACGAUAACUGGAGGAAGAUUGUUUGGGAAGUUGCCCGAAAUGUUGGUCGAGCGACCGAUGAGGCGGUCAAGAGCAAUCUGAGUGAACAUGUGGAUUGGACUCAAGGCCCAGCUGCCUUUGGGGGUGUUGCGCAUGCAAUGGAAGCGAUGAAAGCCGGUCUACUGCCUUUACCGCCUGGCAUGUUUACUCCUCUGUCAUCAGCAGGUCUUUUGGACGGACAUCAUCUCCCAGGGUCAUACGGGUCUCUAGAUCCAAAUGAUAGGCCUGCACUGAAUAUUGACGACUUUUCGUUUUAUUCGCGAGUUAGCAACUUGUUUGGACCUCAAACAUGGGCUUGGACCUUCUCAGGAAAGCUCAACCUAAUUCUAGUGAUGCCUGAUCCACGAGUCCGUUCCGUUCCGAAUAUUGGUUGGUGGAAUUUGUUCAAUGAGAUGAUCGUCAAUAUAGCGACUGAGGGUUCGUCUGAUGUUAGUGCUUAGUAGAUGAAGCUUAGAAUACAAACCGCCGCGCUAUAGUGUUUUCAUCAUGUAGGGCGCACUUUUGAAGUCCGAUCACUAGCCGGUGAUAUAGAGAUAUUUAUCGUGUAAUGGCGUAGCAUUGGCGUAAUCCCG